UGAAACAGAAAGGAGCUCCGCCAGGCCCAGGGAAUUCUAGCUGUGCGCUGUUAGCUUCAAACUGCUAGCGUAUGACACAUACAGCGUCGGAAAACACAUUAGCAAGUGUCAAACAGGUAGCUAAUGAAAACACAGCCACUUACACAGCAACCAAGCCGUUUUGCUACCGCUGACAGACAUUGAAUCGUCCCACGUGGUAGAGGAGAACCCGCAUUGCCGUGACGUCAUCACAACGCGACCAUCAGGGGAUGGGCCAAUCAAGAAGAGCACGUUGAUGACUCAGAACGGUUCUGCGCUUGGACUACAGGAGGGAAAGAAAGGCCGGAGCGCAAUAUUUUAGCUUGUGUUGAUUAAAUUUCACUUGUCCUGCCUCACAUUAUACUUCCUGCUUGUUUCAGUGAGUUACAUUUGAGCUGUUGGUGAAGUCGCGCUGAAGAACUUGUGCUAGCCAUGUCAGUUACGGAGAUGUUUAGCUACAUCCAGGGCUUCUUAACUGCCGAUCAAGAUAUUCGCGAGGAUAUAAGAAAAGUUGUCCAAAUGCUGGAGCAGACCGCCAGGGAGAUACUCACCAUCCUUCAAAGUGUCCAUCAACCAAGUGGUUUCAAAGACAUUCCCAGCAAGUGUCUGAAGGCCAGGGAGCUGUUCUGCACUGUUCAAACCCAAAUUGGUGAUCUGAAAACAAAGUUCCCUGUGGAACAGUAUUACAGGUUUCAUGAGCACUGGAGGUUUGUUCUGCAGCGCCUUACCUUUCUUGCCGCUUUUGUGGUCUAUUUGGAGAGCGAGUCCUUGGUGACACGAGAGGAGGUGGCGAAAAUACUUGGAAUUGAAGUGGACAGAGAAAAAGGAUUCCAUCUGGACCUUGAAGAUUAUCUAGCGGGGAUUCUUAUUAUGGCCAGUGAACUGUCAAGGUUGGCAGUCAAUAGUGUAACCGCUGGAGACUAUGGGCGUCCUCUACGUAUCUCAAAUUUCAUCAACGAACUUGAUUCCGGUUUUCGCCUGCUAAAUCUGAAAAAUGACCCUCUACGUAAACGCUAUGAUGGUCUCAAGUAUGACGUGAAGAAGAUUGAGGAGGUAGUGUAUGACCUAUCAAUCCGGGGCCUUGCCAAGGAGCAGGAAGUCGGGGGAGACAAGUAGAGGCAGGAGAGGAACAGAAGAGGCCUUGGGGCAAAUACCCUGGCUGGGAUUCUCCAUGAGUGCAAGAGUGGAGACUUAACCUGCCUAUGGGCAGGCACAUGGAGGAAGAGAAGAUCAGAUGGAAGUGUUGAAGCCCCAGUAGCCUUUGACAGUGGUGUGGAUUUUGUAGCCAACCGUCUGCCCUAGUGGAAAGCUGUUUAGGCCUGAUAAAAAUGGGAGAAGCUGUGUUUCUCACUGCUGUUGAGAGAAGUUUACUCAUGUACAGUUCAUCUGUAUGCUUGGUUGGAUGUGUCAUUUUGUUGUUCUUUAUUGUUCUGUGCUGGUCAUCACAUUUGUAAAGCAUUGUAUAAACAUUGGACAUGGUUGACACUUGGAUGAGGUGAUUUAAAAAUACUUCAUUUUCUUUUCAAUAUCACUGAGGUCUGUAAUAUAAUUGUACUACACGUGAAAGUGAGUUAUGGUUAAAAAUUUGGCCUACAGUUUUUUUGACUGUUUUAAAUAUGUACUGAGGAGUGCAUAAGGUGAAGCUACAGUGGUGAAGUGUCUACAGAAAUGACUAGAGCAGAGGAAAAUGUAUGAUUUGCCUAAACUACACAAAACUGCUGCUUUUGAGAAAAAUAUCUGAAUUUUUUACAGCUUCUGUAUUUUAUUUUUUUUCUACCCCCACCCUGGUCAGUACCUACAGACAUAUUCACAGGAAUAGAGGUGCACAUUUGUCAGUGUUCUCUCCGAGCCUCAAACUCUUUGUUAUGAAGAAUUACUAUUCAGAAAGUUUCUGCUAAAACAUGUUUUGCACGUUUAUGUUGUAAGGCGAUUGCAAAGAGGAUACAUGGAAGAGCAAAGAAUAUUCUUUAAUGAAGGUGACAGUUUUGCCUUUUUUUUAUAAUCUUGUCAUGUGCAUCUGCUCUCAUGACCUCCAUUUUUAAAACUUAUUUAUAAAUAAUGUUAGACUAUUGCAUGUUGUGUAUGGUCUGAAGACUGCAGUUUUGCAAAAUCCACUUCUCGUCGUCAUCAGAUGUGAAAAGUCAGUUUUUGUUUGUGUUUUUGGGAAAUCAAUUAUUGUUUGCCUACAUUUCACUGGUAUGUAAUGUCCAGCUAUACAUGUGAGCAUGUGAUUGGCCUGCUUUAUAAAUGUAUGCCUAAGUACUGUUUGACACAACACAUGAAGUACCUAUUUUGACUUUAACACUAGUCCAAAGGUGUCAGCAGUAAUAAUAUGCACUUUUUCCUCAUGGAAUGAUGUCUGGUAUAUUACUACUGAAUUGACUUAUGAGUUCUCUCUCUCUCUCUCGCUCUCUCUCGCUCUCUUGAUGUUCCAACCACUUUGUGUUAAUAUUGUGUAAUAAAGUGCAUCACAAACAAACCCAUUUUCAGUAAACACGUAGCCAGUGAAAAGAUCAAA